AGGAAAUCAGGGACCUACCCAUACUCCUUUCCCUGCGCUAGGAAUCCGAGGACCCCGGAUAGAAAAGUCAGGAACAACCGAGUUCGUCUUUGACCUCUAGAGUCGUGGCUGGCUGGCAUCUGAGCUGGUAACGUGCGUGGCGGGUUAUGUAAGGAAAGGGCCGGAGGAGCCGCCCCAGUGGGAGUGCGCGAGAGGACGCGGUGUUCUCGGCAGCAGUCCCCACCCUCCUCACCCAGCAGGGCAGGAGGCACCCAACUUGUAGAAGGAGGAGGCGGAGAGGGUGAAGCAGAGACCCGAGAGUCACGAGGGCCGCGCGGCCCAGAGGGGGAGAGGAUGGAUACACAGUGGCAUACAUCCAUUCUCUCACACACGUUGCAGACCCAAGUUGCUGACGGCUUCCACGUGCUGCCCUCGUGAGAGGAGGCGCUCGAACGGGAGGGGGGCCGCGGCAGGGGGAGGGCGUCUGCUACCGAGGACGAGCCCGGAGUCCCACAUCCCAACACGCGCGCCUCAGAUCGCACAACCAGUCUGCACACUCCAACCGCACGUCUCCUGCCCACCAUCAUCCUAUUUAAGGCCUCGGGCUCCGCCCUUUUCCACUCUUUUUCCAUCCUCCUCCUUUUCUCAUCACCGGGUCCGGUUCGCAAGCCGCAUGUAGGGGCGGGGCACGGAAUGCUUCCCUUCCAGCCAAUCGUCACCUACCAGCGUCUCUAUUGGCCGAGCCCCUGGAGGCUGUAGCAAAUGGGAUGUGAACUUCAGGAACAAGAGUCACGUGCCACUGGCCAGUCAACCAAUGAGGGUGCGAGUUGCAGGUUCCGAUCAUCGUUGGGUACUCCCGGAGUUGCUCUCCAGCACCUGCUUCUGAACCUAUGGAUUCUCCAGCUAGCAUUUCUUCCUGUUCUUCCUACUCUCUCUCUUCCUCUUUUUCCACCUCCCCAGGGAACAGUGACUUUGGCCUCCCCUCCGAUAGUGAGGGGGAGGACAAGGCGGCCCGUGGCCCCAGGUCAGACCCUGUUGGGCAAAGGGGAGGUUCUCGGCCCAGCCCCGGUCCUAUCCGGUGCAGGCAACGGCCCAAGAUUUCCAGCAACCAACAUACAGCGUCUCACUUGGAACAGCGGGGCCUGGCUUCUCCCAUGGCAGGAUCUGGGGUCAAAAGAACAAGAGAUGGUGGAUUACAGACCAACAUGAUCAUCCAGGGUUGUACCACAGAAGGAGACCUGCUUUUUGCUCAGAAGUGUAAAGAGCUUCAAGGAUUCAUCCGCCCUCUCACAGACCUACUGAAUGGGCUGAAGAUGGGUCGAUUUGAGAGAGGAUUGAGCAGUUUCCAGCAAAGCGUGGCAAUGGAUAGAAUCCAUCGUAUUGUAGGUGUUUUGCAGAAGCCACAGAUGGGGGAACGUUACCUAGGAACCUUGCUACAGGUAGAAGGGAUGUUAAAGACUUGGUUUCCUCAUAUAGCUGCCCAGAAGUCAUCACUGGGUAAUAGCAGGCACCAGCUGACCAAGCAUUUUCCAAGCCACCACAGUUACUCAGCUGCUUCUUCUCCUGCACCUCCAAUGGAAAAGAUGGACCAGACACAGCUAGGACAUCUGCUGUUGAAACCAAAGCAGCCUUGGCACCUCACUGAAUGGCCAACCAUGCACCUCACUUGGAUCCACACCACUCCAAUUUGCAACCCCCCCCUCAGUUCCCCAGGUACCAUUUCCUUUAGCCAUGGUCCUUUAGGCACUGGAGCCAGCAUUGGUGUCAUCCUUUUUGUCCAGCACGGAGUGCAGCCCUUCACCCACUCUCCCCCAACCACUCCAGUUCCACCUGCUACAGCAUCUGUGGUCAUCCCUGGUGAUCCUAAGAAGCUCUCCGGAGAGGGACCUCUUUGCCACAGUUUGCCAGUAACUCUGCCAUAAGCCUGGAGCUAUACCCUAUCUGGUCCUGGUCUACCCACCAUGGCCAGAGAGAUGACUGUGGGACAUUUAGAGCAGAUGAGAAGCCAUCCUCCAGUUGCUCCUGAUGUCCAUUUUCUCAACCCCUAAUCCAGGACUUGAGACUGUGGUUUCUAAUUUGUGUAAAUAUAUGUCUCUCUCAUAUAUAUUUUUUACUUUUAAUGUGUGCAUUUGUGUUGAGGGAAGAGAAGUCCUUUUUGAUUAAAGAAACUUUAUACCUAAA